UGUAAAUUAUUUCCUUUUUCUGCAUUUUCCUCUUUAAAGAGGGGCUAGCCUAGGGCGUUAAGAGUCUAAAUUUUAAUUCUGUCAACAACUGACUAGGUGACUUAGUGAAAUCACGUCCUCAACGGUGAAACUGAUAGGACAGAAGUUCAAAUUUCCAAAUUCCCGGGUUGGCUUUCAAUUCCACCGUGCGAUGGUUCCGCCCUCCGCGAGUUCGCCAAGGGAGUUAUUUUGACCCUCUCGACUCACCGUCCGCGCAGCCUCCAGAAACAGCCGUAAACUCCGCCCCUUGCGCUCAGGACGGCGCGAAAACCCAAUUGACAAGAAUUCCCUCCGAAGCUCUGUGGUCCGAUCUGCGUUCAGCUUGCUUUCCCUGCCCAGGCCCGGUCCCGGUCCCGAGCGCUCAGCCUGGAGCGCGGGUUUCGAGGGCACCCUGCAUACACUGGCCGUGCCUCAGGGAUCUCGCUGCCCGCGCUUUCUCAUUGCCUCUUUCCGUGUUCGACUCGGCUGAUCUGGGCCCAGCCUCCGCUCCGGCUCCCUGUCGGUAGGCGCCGGGGAAUCCUAAACGGAUUCCCAGAAACUUGCAGAAUCCCAGAAACUUGCUCCUACUGGAGCGGGCCCGCCUCCAUGGCCUCCAGGCAGACCGGGCUGGACCGCGUAAGGUCCUAGGAGACGGGAUUCCGGGAAGCGGGGAGUAUGGUGGGGGUCCUGGCCAUGGCGGCUGCAGCUGCUCCCCCUCCCGUGAAGGACUACGAGAUUGAGCCAUGCAAAAAGCGAAGGAAAGAUGAUGACAGAUCUUCCUGCAAAACAAUUACAAAAUAUUUAUCACCACUAGGGAAGACUAGAGACAGGGUUUUUGCUUCACCAAAACCUAGUAAUAUUCUGGAUUAUUUUAGAAAGACCUCACCCACAAAUGAGAAGACGCAAUUAGGGAAAGAGUGCAAGAUAAAGUCAUCUGAAUCAGUACCUGUUGACAGCAACAAAGACUGUAUGACACCUUUGGAAAUGUUCUCAAAUGUAGAAUUUAAGAAAAAAAGAAGGAGGGUUAAUUUAUCUCAUCAACUAAAUAAUAUUAAAACUGAAAAUGAAGCUCCAAUUGAAAUUAGUAGCGAUGAUAGCAAAGAAGACUGUAGUUUAAAUAAUGCUUUUGUGGAAAGUAGUACUUCUAUUUUACUUUACAAGAAACAAGUAGAGGUACUUGCAGAAAACAUUAAAGAUACAAAAAGUCAACCAAAUACUAUGACCUCCCUGCAAAAUUCUAAAAAAGUAAAUCCUAAACAAGGGACCACAAAAAAUGACUUCAAAAAGUUGAGAAAAAGGAAGUGCAGAGAUGUAGUAGAUCUAUCUGAAAGCUUACCCUUGGCAGAGGAACUAAAUUUGCUUAAAAAAGAUGGUAAAGAUAGUAAACAGAUGGAGAAUACUACAAGCUACUCUAGAGAUAAUGUAACUGAAGCAGCCCAGUUGAAUGAUAGUACAAUUACUGUCUCAUAUGAGGAAUUUUUAAGAAGUCACAAGGAAAAUAAAGUGGAAGAGAUACCAGACUCUACAAUGUCAAUUUGUGUUCCUUCUGAAACUGUUGAAGAAAUAGUCAAAAGUGGUUAUAUAAGUGAAUCAGAAAACUCUGAAAUUUCCCAGCAGGUACGCUUUAAGACAGUUACUGUUCUUGCACAGGUUCACCCUAUUCCGCUCAAAAAGAUACGGAAAAUACCCCGAAUUUUCUUGCAACAAAAGCAAUUUGAAAUGGAAAAUAGUUUAUCUGAUCCUGAGAAUGAACAGACAGUUCAGAAAAGAAAAUCUAAUGUUGUUAUACAGGAGGAAGAAUUAGAAUUGGCUGUUUUGGAAGCUGAAAGUUCUGAAGCUGUGAAACCAAAAUGCACUCUAGAAGAAAGACAGCAAUUUAUGAAAGCAUUUAGGCAGCCAGCAUCAGAUGCACUUAAAAAUGGAGUUAAAAAGUCUUCUGAUAAGCCGAAAGAUCUUAAUGAAAAAUCUCUACAUGAAGAAGGAAGAGAUGAUAAUUCUAAAAAAAUCAUGGAAAAUCCUGGUAUCCAAAUGGUUUCAAAAAAUGGCAAUUCACAGGCACACACUGAUAAAGGAAGUUUUCCGAAGGAGAAAAAUAAAAAGCUAAAUAAGAAGAAUAAGAAAACAUUAGAUACUGGGGCUAUUCCAGGCAAAAACAGAGACGGAAACACUCAAAAGAAAGAAACAACCUUUUUCUUAAAAGAGAAACAAUAUCAAAAUAGAAUGAGUUUAAGACAAAGGAAAGCAGAAUUUUUCAAAAGCAGCACUUUAUUUAACAAUGAAAGUCUUGUUUGUGAAGAUAGAGCAAAUGAUGACCUUCUAAAGGUUUCCUCUCUGUGUAACAAUAAUAAAUCGUCAAGAAAAACCAGCAUACCGGUUAAAGAUAUUAAGCUUACACAUUCUGAAGCUGAAUCUGAAGACAGCUUGCUAAAUGUUUCCACACCCAAGUCAACCAGAAGAUCUGGAAGAAUUAGCAGCACACCUACUGCAGAAACCAUUAGAGGUAUUGAUUCUGAAGAUGUACAAGAUAGUAGUCCACUAAAGGCUUCCACUCCAAAAGCAACCAACUUAUCAGAAAAGCAUAGUUUAUAUACAGCGGAAUUAAUAACAAUACCCUUUGAUUCAGAGAGCCCUAUUAGCUUGUAUGAUGAUUCUGUUAUAAUAAUAGAUUCAAGUCCUACUGCUUUAAAGCGUCCAGAGAAAAAUCAGACGAAACUUCAGUGUUUGAAUGAUGUGCUAGGAAAGAAACUUAACACAUCCACUAAAAAUGUACCUGGAAAAAUGAAAGUCGCUCCUUUAUUUCUUGCCAGAAAAGCACAAAAAGCAGCUGAUCCUGUCCCUGGUUUUGAUGAAAACAGUCAAGAUACAUCUGAAAAAUCUCAGGAUUAUGAUGUUCAAUGCAAAGCAAAGCGUGACUUCCUAAUGAGUGGUUUGCCAGAUUUGUUGAAACGGCAAAUUGCAAAGAAAGCUGCUGCAUUGGAUGUGUACAAUGCAGUGAGUACCAGUUUCCAGCGAGUUGUUCAUGUACAGCAAAAGGAUGAUGGGUGUUGUUUGUGGCAUUUGAAACCACCCUCUUGUCCUCUCUUAACUAAAUUUAUAGAACUGAACACUAAAGUGAUAGAUCUCUCCAAAUGUGUUAUUGCUCUUGGUGAAUUUUCAACAUUGAAUUCAAAGUUGAAAAGCAGUAACUCUGCUACUGUGUUCGUGAGGACAAGGAAGGAAUUUACUGACGAAGUAAGAAAUCUUUUGCUUGAGGAAAUUAGGUGGUCAAAUCCUGAAUUUUCAUUGAAAAAAUAUUUUCCCUUACUCCUAAAAAAACGAAUUGAGCACCAAGUACUUUCUUCUGAGUGUCAUAGUAAACAAGAACUAGAGGCUGACGUCAGUCAUAAAGAAACCAAAAGGAAACGCGUGGAAGCAGAAAAUUCUAAGUCAAAAAGAAAGAAACCAAAUGAGUAUUCAAAAAAUCUGGAGAAGACCAAUAGGAAGUCAGAAGAACUUGGCAAAAUAAACAACUCUUCUGGGAUAAAGCUAGAUACUUCCAAAGAUUCUGGACCUGAAGACAUGCUUUGGACAGAAAAGUAUCAACCUCAGACUGCCAGUGAACUUAUAGGAAAUGAGUUAGCUAUAAAAAAGUUACAUAGUUGGUUGAAAGACUGGAAAAGAAGAGCUGAAUUGGAAGAAAGGCAGAAUCUGAAGGGAAAAAGAGAUGAGAAACAGGAAGAUUUCUCGGGUGGCAUAGACUUUAAAGGCAGUUCAGAUGAUGAAGAGAGUCGUCUUUGCAAUACUGUCCUUAUAACAGGGCCAACAGGAGUGGGAAAAACUGCUGCUGUGUAUGCUUGUGCCCAGGAGCUUGGAUUUAAGAUAUUUGAAGUGAAUGCCUCUUCCCAGCGCAGUGGUAGACAAAUUCUAUCUCAGUUGAAGGAAGCUACUCAGUCCCAUCAAGUAGAUAAACAAGGUGUAAACUCACAAAAACCCUAUUUUUUUAAUAGCUACAACAUAGGCAAGUCACCAAAAAAAAUAAGUUCCCCUAAGAAAGUUGUUACAUCACCAAGAAAAGUUCCUCCACCAUCACCAAAAAGUAGUGGACCAAAGCGAGCACUUCCUCCCAAAACCUUGGCAAAUUAUUUUAAAGUAUCUCCUAAACCUAAAAAUAAUGAAGAAAUAGGAAUGCUUCUGGAAAAUAAUAAAGGAAUAAAAAAUUCUUUUGAACAGAAACAAAUUACUCAGACUAAAUCUACAAAUGCAACUAAUUCAAAUGUCAAAGAUGUUGGAGCUGAAGAACCCAGCAGAAAAAAUGCAACAUCUCUUAUUCUUUUUGAGGAGGUUGAUGUAAUUUUUGAUGAAGAUGCUGGGUUUUUGAAUGCAAUCAAAACAUUCAUGGCAACAACUAAACGACCUGUAAUCCUUACUACAAGUGAUCCAACAUUUAGUUUAAUGUUUGAUGGCUGCUUUGAAGAAAUCAAGUUCAGUACUCCUUCCCUGCUAAAUGUUGCCAGCUACCUACAAAUGAUUUGCUUAACUGAGAAUUUUAGAACUGAUGUAAAAGACUUUGUAACCUUGUUAACUGCAAAUACUUGUGAUAUCAGAAAAAGUAUCCUUUACUUACAAUUCUGGAUUAGAAGUGGAGGUGGAUUUUUAGAAGAACGACCAUUAACCCUUAAUGGUGGAAAUAGCAGAAAUGUACAACUAGUUUGCUCUGGACAUGGCCUUGAUAACAAAAUUUACCCUAAAAAUACUAAAAAGAAAUGUAUAGACCUUCCGAAAUGUGACAGUGGCUGUGCUGAGACCUUGUUUGGUCUUAAGAACAUUUUUUCCCCAUCUGAAGACUUAUUUUCAUUUUUAAAGCACAAAAUCACAACAAAGGAAGAAUGGCAUAAACUCAUCCAGCUUCUUACAGAAUUCCAAAUGCGGAAUGUAGAUUUUUUAUAUAGUAAUCUUGAGUUUAUUCUACCAUUACCAGUUGAUACCAUUCCAGAAACUAAAAACUUUUGUGGCUCAUCAGUAACUGUGGAUGCCAGUACAGCAACAAAAAGUAUGAACUGUCUUGCUAGGAAACAUUCUGAAAGAGAACAGCCAUUGAAAAAGUCCCAGAAAAAGAAACAAAAGAAAACAUUGGUAAUAUUAGAUGAUAGUGACUUAUUCGACACUGACUUGGACUUCCCUGAUGAAUCUAUUAGGCUGUCCCCUGUGUCGUCUUCCUCAAAUUCAGAAGAAAGCAAAGCCAGAGACAAAGGAAGCAAUCCAGAGACAAAGAAAUCUAUUCCUUGUCCUCCCAAAACAACUGCAGAAAAAAAAUGUUCUGCCCUUGUUUCUCAUUGUUUAAAUUCUCUCUCUGAGUUCAUGGAUAACAUGUCCUUCUUAGAUGCCCUUUUAACUGAUGUAAGGGAACAAAACGAAUACGGUAGAAAUGACUUUAGUUGGACAAAUGGAAAGGUUAAAAGUGGACUUUGUGAUGAGUUUAGUCUCGAGAGUAAUGAUGGAUGGACUUCUCAAAGCUCUGGAGAAUUAAAAGCAGCUGCAGAAGCUCUCAGCUUUACUAAAUGUUCUUCUACUAUUUCAAAAGCACUGGAAACCUUGAAUUCUUGCAAGAAAUUAGGAAGAGAUCCAACCAAUGAUCUUACUUUUUAUAUUUCACAAAAGCGCAAUAAUGUAUACUUUAGUCAGUCAGCAGCUAAUUUAGACAAUGCUUGGAAGAGGAUAGCAGUCAUUAAACGUGUAUUUUCGAGUCGAUCUCUUCUCUAUGUGGGUAAUAGACAAGCUAGUAUAACUGAAUACCUGCCAACCCUUCGAAACAUCUGUAAGACUGAGAAGCUAAAAGAACAAGGAAAAAGUAAAAGAAGAUUCCUGCACUAUUUUGAAGGAAUUCAUCUUGACAUUCCAAAAGAGACUGUGAAUACUUUGGCAGCUGACUUCCCUUAAUGUUUCAUACUAACAAUGCUUUGUAUAGAUUAUCAUGUGGUCCUUAAGAUACAUUUUUAUAUUAUGUGGAUCUUCAUGGAAAAGUAUAUUUCUCAAUGUACAUUUUAAACAAACAAUUUGUAUAUUUUUUUAUUGGUGGGCAAAUAUUUAAAAUAUUUGAGUUACAAAUU